AUGACAGAGAGUGGUGGGCAGGAACAGUCAAGAUGGAUAACGACUGUUAUUAUGAGUACGGGUCUGCAGAAUCAUGAAAUCUCUACAGUUCUAGAGAGGCAACAACACCGAGUUCGAUAUUCAGAAUCAGUGGAAAUUGGAUCUGUGAUUUUUUCUCUUUCUGGUGUUGCAUUUAUACUGGCAGACACUCAAGACAUGGUUAUGAGAGGAGAAGAACAGUUUUUAGAAAGAAUUCAGAAAUUCAUAAACAUACAUCGGAAUAGUUUUUUGGUUUUGUCAGCUGCUCUUCAUGGACCACAAGAAUGGAAUAUAAUGUUUAGGAUUCAGAGAAGAUUCCUGGGCAGCAAUUUACGUAUAAUACCAGUUCAUAAUACUGCUGAAAUGGUUAAGUUAAUGCUAACCAUAGCUAAGAUGACUUCCAAGCCGUGUAUAGAUGAUAUUCAUUACAAAAUGGCAAUGACAAAAGCCCACAUAAUGGAAAACAGUCCAGUUUGGAAGAUGCUUCAGAAAUACCAAUUGCAUUGUAAUUAAUAAACUGGUGUUUUUAUUCAUAAA